AUGGACGAAGAGUUUGCCGCCUUGUUUCUCCCCGAACUGCCUUCUCUGCGUUCUACCUCAAACUCCCCGAACGGGCCACAGGAUGACAACGGCCCACUGGAUGAAUCUCAGGCUAUGAGGAUCCAACGUCGCAGCUCUGUCUUAGCUGCUAGCCAGCCAACAGUUCAGAACCAAGGCCAGAGCAACAAACCAAACCAUGCCAAUCAGUCCAUUCACCCAUUCCACCCAAGUAUCGCACAUGUACAGGACUUUGCCGACCAACUGGCCCUCAAUAUGCCACGGCGCUAUUCAGAACUUUCACCGGCAAAUGACGGGUGGAAUUAUCCCCAGGAUUACUACGGAAUUCAACGGCAAAUCCCCCCGUCGCACUAUUCCAAUUUGAUACCGGCAGAAGCUUCGAGGGCGCGGACGUCCGAGGCCCAACAGCAGGAAUCCAAUUCUCCGGCAUAUCGUGGCCAUCAACAGCCGUCGCCAUCAUUGUUUCCGAUGCCGGGAUUUGCUCCGAUAGGAGUGCAGCCGUUCUCACCAGCUCCACCAACUCCAGGAGCAGCUCAGCUCACAGACACGAAGCUGCUAAACGAGCUGUAUGCUUUAGGAAUGGGUAUUUCGCCCGGAAUUCCCAGCCCGCAGUCGUUUUUUGCUCCCGCGACGCAAUCGCCUCGCCAGUAUUCCACCGGGAUGACGCCGUUGUUAUCUGAGGUCUCUGACCAUUCAUCGGAAACCCCACAGAACCAGCCACCCAAAAAACCUCGUAAAGAACAGGAACGCUCCGAUUCGUUGGGAGGACGAGCGGAUGGCUUGGAUCUCUUGAAAUUCAGCAAGUUGCCGGCAGAUCGCCCAUUCACGCUACUCGACAAACAGGGAAACCCUGUGGAGAUGACUUUUAACGGCCACAUUCUUGGCCGGUUUUUUUGGAACGCAAAGAACUGGGACCUCGUGGACCCAGCAGUGGGGCUUUCUACGUGUCCGAUUGCUUGCUAUCGGCGUAAUUCCAUUUUGAUAUGGUGUCUGAUAAACUUUUCAGGAACCGUGCACAGUGUGCGACUUGAAAAGACUAAGACCGAGGAAGAACGUGUCGUUGAGCUUGACACCAUGAGAUUCACGCUCCAUGCAUCAUCAUCUGUUUCGCCGCGCGACUCCGUGGAAGUCAACAUCUUAACUGAUAGGUCGCGAAAGGCCAGUGUUGGCAAGGACGAGGACGACGCUAACGCGGAGGAUUCGCCAGAAUCCAACGUUGCUGACGAAAUCAAAAUGCACACCCAUACUGUUGAAACGGACUUUCACAAAGGUCCUCGCGCUUUUGUUGUUCGCAAAGCUCAAUUUCGCAAGGCCACCCCCAACAACUCCAAGCUCGCGGCUCGGAGUUUCUACUACAUGUUGCUGACUCUUGUAGGAGUCGAUAGGCAUACAAAGCAGCCAGUUCAUCUGUUCACAAUGACGACCAAUCCCAUCACUGUUCGCGGACGUAAUCCGUCCUUUUACACCGAGUACAACGAUAUACUGAUCACGAAAGACCUGGUUCACCAUUUGAAAAUGGAGGUUCCGCUAAUGCUUCAGCAUCUCAAAGACCAGAACAACGAGACCGCCAACAAUAAGCGCAAGGCAGACGAUUCAGUUCCGGUGGUUCACGAGGAACCGGCACAGAAGCAGGCCAAGCCGAUGAGCCGCUCCGCAGAUAUCGUUACCAAAUCGAGACAAUACCAGUACUUUCCGAUUUCAUCAGCUUACUAUUUGCCGCCAGUUCAAGUAUACUACUUCCCUCAUUCAUCGGCUCAUAAUGAGCGUAAGCCGACAUCUUUACCAAUUUUCAAGCGGAGCACGAGCCAAACACAACCGGUUAGUGCAGCCAGCUUGCUCAACACCAUCGGGAAUGGACGGCUGCCACGGAAGAGCUUCAAGUCUCAGGGCUACUUUUCCAGUUCCGAGGGGAGGCAGCGUGUCCCCAACAUGGGUCGUGUGGACGAAGAUGCCAUCGCAGAAGACGAGCCGGAAUCGUCACCGCCAUCGGAGAUCCGCAGUUACAGCGGGAGCCAGUCGAUUACUUAUAAGUAUUUUUUGAAGCCCGAGACAACAACAUGA